AUGGAAACUUUGACCCCAACAUCAGAGGAUCCGGAGAGUUCGGAAAAACCAUGGACCGCGAUCGACUUCCGUCAGGUCGGAGACGAACUUGGUCUCCAAUCCUCGAGAACGUCCCAGCGACUCAAUCAAAUCGACCGUGUCCGCGCCAACGGGGUUGGCGAUCAUGUUGCGCUGCCUCAGCUAGUGGUAUGCGGAGAUCAAUCUGCUGGCAAAAGCUCUGUACUGGAAGGAAUUAGCGGGAUCCCUUUCCCCAGACAGGAUGGUUUGUGCACCAGAUUCGCGACGGAAAUUGUCCUGAGACAUACGCCGCAAGCGAUUCGCAUGACUGCAACCAUAAACCCUCAUUCUUCGCGAGAUGACGAGGAGAGGAGGCGCUUAGCCUCCUUCCAAAUCGAAUUCCGUGAAUUCGCCGAGCUUCCCGGGAUCAUCGAAGCUGCAGGUCAGUCUAUGGGUAUUCGUACGUCGGAAGAUCAUACCGACGCUCCCGCUUUUGCUGCCGAUGUUCUGCGACUGGAGUUAGUGGGCAAUACCGGACUGCAUUUGACGAUUGUUGAUCUACCCGGCUUGAUAUCGGUUUCCGAGAAUGAGCGCGACAUGCAGCUUGUCAGUGAUCUAGUUGAUUCCUACCUCGAAAGCUCGCGGACAAUCGUACUCGCGGUUGUUCCAGCAAGUAGUGAUGUUGAUACGCAAGGCAUUAUCCAACGUGCCCGUCGCUACGAUAAAGAUGGGGUUCGAACGGUGGGGAUCAUCACAAAACCGGACCUGAUCAAUGCCGGAACGGAGCAGCGGGUUGCACGUCUAGCGAAGAAUAUGGAUCGUACCAAGCUCAAUCUGGGAUUUUUUCUGCUCAAGAACCCGGCCCCUGCCGAGUUGCGGGAGGGCCUGUCUCCCGCUGCCAGGAAGCGCGUAGAGCAAGCUUUCUUCUCCUGUGAACCAUGGAGUAGCCUAGGACUUGAUCCGUCGCGCGUUGGCAUCGAGAACCUCCGAGUGUUCCUCCAAGACCUUCUGGAUAGUCACAUUGAACGUGAGCUCCCGAAAGUACGGAAGGAACUACGUGAGCUUCUCGAACGAAAUGGCCAGGAUCUUGCUGGUCUUGGAAUGGAGCGAAAUACUGCUGGCCAGAUCCGGAUAUACCUGACGCAGAUUAGCGCCGACUUCCAUGGGUUGGUGCGAGCUGGUAUUGAUGGCGACUAUGGUGGCCGGGAUUCGAGAUUUUUCGACGUCUCAGAUAAGGACUUUGCAAAUCGGCUGCGCGCUGUCGUCCAUCUCGAGAAUGAGAAAUUUGCGAAUCAUAUGAGGGAAUACGGUCAGACACGGAAAGUUGUCUGUCGAAAAGACGAUCAGUCUCUCGAGUCAACUUCUUCCGAUGAGACGAUGGAGCCCUCUGUAAACAAAGAGGGCCAGAUCCUUGUUAGUAAGGAAGAAAUGGCCGCAUGGGUCAAGCAAGUUUACCACCGGACACGCGGCAGGGAAUUACCGGGAAACUAUAAUCACGCCCUACUUGCGGAGCUUUUUCAUUCGCAAUCAAUGCGCUGGGGCAAGAUCGCUCGUGGGCAUGUUGACGCCGUCGCGAACUUGGUCUCCACGUUCUUACAAGCAGCAAUGAAGUUCGUGAUCAAGGAUACCAAAGUUCGCCAAAAUGUCCAAAACUGCGUUGAGAAGUCUGUUCAAGGGAACAUCAAGCAUGCGAUCGAUGAAUUGAACAUGUUGCUUGAGGACGAGGCGCGGCAGCCUAUCACGUACAAUCAUUAUUAUACGGACAAUAUCCAGAAGGCUCGAGGUGAUCAGUCUAAGAACCAAAUUCAAGAUUCGAUGUACAACGCCAUCCGAACCGACUGGAACGGGAAAUUCCACGUGAGCAAUUCGUCAGACGAAAUAGAAAAGCUCGUCACUUCACUUCAGCAACGGGUAGUUGUCGACAUGACGAUGCAGGCCUGCUCCGAAGCACAGAACGAUCUUACUGCAUACUACAAAGUUGCCAUGAAAACGUUCGUCGACAAUGUUUGUAGACAGGUCAUUGAGCGACAUAUCAUCGCAAAGCUCCCGAGUGUUUUCGAGCCCGUUCUUGUGAGCGGAUAUGAGACCGACGAAUUGCUUCGGAUGGCUGCAGAAUCCGCGCAGGUCAGUAUUCGCCGGGAUGAAGCACGUCAUUUCCAGGAAGUGCUAGAAAGAAGUCUGGAGGAUCUGAGUGUUUAA